GUUCUUCUGCGUGCGUCCACUCGCUGCCGUCCUGUUUUUGUAUUUGAAAGGUCUCGAACUUGACACUCACACGCUGAGCCACGAUGACGGUUUUCCCAGUGAGAUCCCUAUGCAGUGUGCGAAAUUUCAAUGCAGAUGAGCGUGAGAUUCUGGGCUGGGCAAAGUAUUGCUUGUGUUUCAUGGAUACAGCGAUUCUCAUGAACUUCCUGAGCGCGACCGGAACUUUCUUUGAAGCUACACGAAUGUAUGAAAACACGCCAGGAGACCGGCUUCGUUUCAUCAUGACACUUUCUCUCGGCGCAUUGUACGCUGCCAUGUUCCUGAGUUAUUUCAUGACGUACUGCUUCUUGAAAGACGCUAUCACCCUUAUUCGGGUGCGAUUGUGUAUGCUUCUGGGCUCUGCCUUCGCCAACUUCCUAUUCCUGCUGAUAAUUUCUGCCUUGGUGGUUCAUUUCCGGGGAUCGGAUCAUCUUAUGAAUCAGCUGGCCAUAGAUCUUGAGAAAGACACAGACAUCGCGUGGACAUCAGUUCUCUUCCUGUCGGCGGUAUCCGUACUCAUAACGUUGAUCACGGGAGUUCUAGCUAUCUAUAUGUCCCAGAGGUUGGAGAGUAUCAUAUUCUAUCUCCACCCGUUUGACUCCUACAUCAGCGUCACUCCUGAAUCGCCAUACACCAGAUAUUGGAAAUCAGCGCGGGAACCGAGAAGUAAUGCGAUGGCCGGAGACCACAUCUGUCAUCGCUCUCCACGCUUAUAUCCCCAAAGCGCCUUGUACUCCCCAACUAAAAGCUCGAUGAAGCUUUCGCCGAGGAGUCAUGAAUUCAUGAGAGAACUCAAGACGAACCUGCCGAGCCGAAAUGAAGCGCAACGAACCGUGCUGUAGUUCCUCCCCUGGUACUUUAAGAAAGGAGACGCGUCGCGUAUACGCCAUUGGCCUACGGAUGAGACGGAUUGACGUGACAUAUCGAAGAAAAUUUCUCCUGUCUUGGAUUUUAUUCAGCGCUGAAUUAAUAUAUGUUAUUCUGUUCGAGAAGACAGAGUCUUUGCUCCCCAAUGUUCUCACACUCAUCGAAGUCGAAGACAAAGAAGUUUCCUGGGGAUCUUCGAGCCGGCCACGGACGACGCAUGAUAUGCUGCGCCGAUCGCGGCGCUGACGGUCGGUCUUACGCAGGUGUAUUCUGGAACAUCACUCCCCAGAGUUUCAACGAAUCCCUCU